AUGUGCACGACAGGGUUACGGUGGAAGGGUGUGUCGUUCCUUGAUCUGUUACGCACAUGGGAUCGUGGACUUCUCAUAAAUGGCACCGUGAAAUUGUCCGGUAAUGAAGAUGUCGACAAAUGCAAGCUGUUCAAGGAUUUCGCUGCUCAGGUCAAGGCGAACGGAGGGCGAAUCGACAAACUGAAAGUUGCCGAUGACUUUGCACUGUUGGAUCCUUGCAAGUUAGUGAUGGUCCAGUUGUUCCUUUCUGAGCAAGAUCCAGAAAUCGAAUCGAUAAGCCAUUUUAAACAACUGAUUGGUCUUAAGGUCGAAGACCAGGUUUACGGUACCUCAUGCGGGACGAUGUUCUGUAAUGAAGCGCUCGGAGAGGAAUGUAUCGCUGGAAAAUUGUGUGGAUGCCCGAAGGGACAGAAACGAAAGGAUGCACAGAGCCCUUGUCGUGUGGCAAGUGGCAUGUUCGUGGAAUCCUUCAAUCUGCCGCUUUACGUCAUACGAGACGGUAAUAAUCCACUGAAAUAUACGCCAGGUCUUGCUAACCCGCGAGAUGACAGACAUAAGGAACUGGUGGAAAGGUUCGAAUCUGGAGUUGGUCAGAGCUACGACAAGACACCUCUCAAGAACGGAUUCGUUUCUGUCGAAGUAAAUGACAUCGAGGAGCCGUCGCUGCGAAACGCGUGCGACUCUUACGGCCCUCCGCGGGCUUAA